AUGGACUUGCCUUUGCGCUGCAACUCGCUCAAAUGCCGCGCACGUCUGAGCGAAAGAGCUGUGGUCACAACCUGCAGCCACAUCUUCUGUGAGCCAUGCUCGGUCUCUCUCGGGCUUACUAGCUCAUCAAAUGGCGUUCGCGUGUGCCCUGCCUGCGAUGCCCAACUUGCGAACCCAGAUGAUGCCGUUACUACACAGCUCAAUCCGACCGAAGACUACAAGACAAGCGUCCUCAGUGGCCUCAGUCCGACAAUCAUUAUGGAAUGCUGUAGCCGUGGGAUCGCAUUCUACCAAUACCAAGUUACACAAGAGAUCAUGUAUCACGAAUAUAUGGCCAAGAAUUUGGCGGACAGAUAUGCCAACCUCAACUCUCAGAUGGAUAAUGUCAUCAAAGACGCCAACUUGGAGAUCAGCGGGCUGAGAGACAGGCUGGAGAGAAUGCAUCUGGAGAAGAAGGCGCUCGAGCAAAAGAAUCAGGAACUGGUCAACGCAUUCAGCGAAAAGAGCAAGGCCCACCAGCGCCUGACCAAGCUAUACCAAAGAGUCAAAGGCACACAGGACGCUGAGCAGAUACGACACGCCGCUGCAGAUGAUGUAGACAAUGUGAUCCAGGCG